ACUUUACUCUACUUCACUCAACUUCACUCAACCUGUCGAUUCGUCCGGAACCUCAACUGGGAGGAAUUUUAGCCGCAGCUCUGUUAUGUUGACCUGAAGAAAAGUUCAAUGGAAUCAAUGGAACGUUUUAUGGCUUGAGAAUAAACUAUGAGGUGUUUUAUCAUGGUGGCUCUCGGUUCUUGACAAGGUUAAGUUAGCCAAAGUCACCCAGGUGGAGGAAAAUCCUCCAGUGUUCAGAGUGUAAUUCCCCACACUUCCUACCAUUGACCCUCGUUCCUGCUAGGCCUUCUGUCUAGGCCUGCUCAAUAAAGAAGGUUUUGCUGGGCUCAGCCUUUUGCUGUUGAUCCUGGAUCAGUUCUGAGGUUGUAUCUACUCUCCUUAUGGGCUCAAUCCACUUAAAGUAGGGCUGAUCUUGGAUCAGUACAGUCUGGGGGGGCUUAUUCUUCCCAGACCCAAUAAAGCAGCAUAGACAGCACCCAGCUUCCUGCAGUAAUGAGGGGACAAACUGCCUGGGUGAUUAGCACCUCACGGAGCAUUUGGAGGGGCCCGGGUGACCCUGAGCCUCUGAAGUGAGGAGCCCCCCCUCCUCCACAAAAACAAGGAAGUGUGGUUCCCAGACACCUCCCGUAGCAGGACGAGGCCCGAACCGCGAGACGUCAAGACAGAUCAAAGAGGGAAGCCGGGAUUGGUGUUCCAGCAGACACACGCACACCUCUUUCAUCUGGAAAAGGAUGAGCAUCAAAUCCUACGUCCCUACAAAUGUUAUAUCACACCUCCACAGCUGACCACCCGGACCAGAUCCAUCAGCCUUCAGUCUCUCCAGAGCCAAGGCCAUGUACGUCCAUGAGGAGAGGCCCCUGCUGGAGUACCCCUAUCCACUCAACCCUCUGACCAGUAACUAUGGAUACUACCCACAAGAAUGGAAGGAAUCCGUUUGCCGGACUCAGUCCUGGGACAGCAAUAUGAUUGGCCGUGGUGAGGCAGAGCUGACCUCACUUCCUGUGCAUGUGGCGCUCGAGGGGCGUGAGCUAUGGGACAAGUUCAGUGGGAUUGGUACGGAGAUGCUGAUCACCAAAACCGGCAGGCGUAUGUUCCCCAGCUGCAAAGUCACAGUGACGGGGCUAAACCCUAAAGUCAAGUACGUGGUGAUGAUGGACAUGGUGCCGUUUGAUAAUAACAAGUACAAGUGGAGUCGAGAUCGUUGGGAGUUUAGUGGGACGUCUGAACCUCACCUGCCCAGCCGCUUCUUCAUCCACCCAGACUCCCCCGCCCCGGGCGAAAGGUGGAUGCAGUACCCCAUCUCCUUCCACAAGCUCAAACUCACCAACAACACACUCAACUCCAACGGCCUGGUGGUCCUUCAUUCCAUGCACAAGUACCAACCUCGUCUGCACAUAGUCCAGGCCCCAGACCCCUGCAGAGCCCAGCCCGGGGCCUACCUGCGCUUCACCUUCCCUGAAGCAGCGUUUAUAGCAGUCACAGCCUACCAGAACCAGGAGAUCACUAAGCUGAAGAUUGACAACAACCCCUUCGCCAAAGGUUUCCGUGACAACGGGCUAAACAGGAAAAGGUUUAGAGAAAAGGAUAUUCAGGUUAAACCAGAAGAACUGAUUUCAGGGCAGCCACACAAGAAAACACACAACCAACAUAACCAAGCAGGACCGUUGGACAGUGAUGAGGAAGCAGAUGAAACAGUCUCCAGCUCAGUGGAAUCCAGCAGUGUGUUAAACCCAAUGGACCUCAAAACUCCGCCCACUGCCAUCUCCAACCCCUUCAUAUCAGCCUUUAUGAACGGGGGUGUUGGACAGGACGUGUGGAGCCUGAGCCCAACGUCGCAUCAACCUCAGCAUCCACUCAACUCUAAUAACAGAGACUCCAGCAGGCCUGAUCCAGCCAGACUCUCCAGUCUCCAGUACAUUUGUUCCCCGUUACCAGUAGCCCACAGCGCUCAAUCCCAGUCACCCCUUGCAGAGCUAACUUUACCCAGACGUCCUUCACAGAAUGGCCGUACGUUGGUGGUGCCUCAUCAACAGCAGCAGCAGCAGCAGCAUCACCGCAGCCAAGGACUCCACAGCCCUGCAGCCGCCCACCCAGCCUUCCCCAUCCAGACCAAACUCCACCAGUCCCAGUCUCAGCUCCAGCUCCAUCUCCAGCCUCAACCUGACCUGGACCAGUCCCUGCCUCUACCCCCCAAGCUGAGCAGAGUGAAUCUGCCCGAGAGUGCUCUCAGAAGCUUGGAGAUGGGCUCCGUCUUGGACCACCUCGGCCCACCUCGGCCUCUUUCUGACAUCCUGAACCGGAUUCAUGCGCGGGGCGUGGCCUCUGGAAGUCCAGGGAAGGCUGUGCAGGGUCUCCCCCAACCGGACCAGCUGCCCUCGGGGUUGGAGAGGGACGCGAGGGCUCCAUUUUUCCCAGCCGCCCAGGACUGUGGUACAAUACUUAACACUGACCAGUAUGGCGCUCCAGUAUCGGAAUGGCGUGGAUUCAGUGGGAAUGUGGGUGUUUGAAAUGGUGUGUAAGAACUGAAUGGACUCAAUGGAAAGCUUUGAAUGGAAAGCUUUAAACACUGUGAAAACAGUACGGAUGUAAUUUUUUUUUUCCUGAUAUAUUUCUGUCACAUAUUUGUUUUAAAGAAUGUGUUUUUAUCUUGUGUUAUGUCAAGUUUUGUGUUUAUGUCUCAGCUUUGAAUCAUUCAACUCAUUUAAUCAUUUAAAAGGGCAUCUCUCGAUAAUGAUGAUGAUAUCACGAUACUGUGAUUUUGCGAUACUCAAUAUAUCACAAGAGGAAGAGGGUAAAAUACUCCUAAAUAAGCAAAUACCAGGAAUUAUGGAUUUAUUGGUGUCGGUUUCACAGAAUUUCACAACCAAUAUUCUUCACCGCAGGUUUACCCCAUUCAUUUAAUUAUAGCGCCACCGUGUGGAGUAAUGAAGCUUUAACACUAGUUUGAAUGUGAGUCUUAAGGAGUUUUGAGUGGCUGUUUUUUAAUAGAAAAUAUCCUUAUUCGUUGCCACAUUCUGAUUGCAUUGUCAGGGUUCUUACGGGUGCUUGAAAUCCUGGAAAAUGCUUUAAUUUUAAAAUUUUAACAGGCCUGGAAACAUAAAGCAACAUACAUUUAAUUUACAGUGAAUAACUAUCUGACUAAAUAAAUUCGAAGAAAGAAAAAAUUGCUUAAAGAAAAAACUGCUUCUGCUAUUACCAAACAAAAUUUUGGUUGUGUUUACAUGAACAUAAUAUCAUUUCUUCCAGUGUGACAAUAAGCAAUAUAUACAUUUUGAGUAUAAGUAUAUAUAUAUAUAUGCUCUCAACUCACCCCCAAAUUUGAUAUACUACAGUAACUGCUUAAUCAAAUGCCUAGAGUAAACAUGCGGAGAAAAAAACAUUGGUAUUUAAAUAGUGUGAAACUGACACCAAUAAAUCCAUUAUUUCUAUUUACUUUACUUACUUAGAAUUUUUUUUUCUCCAUAGUGUGGUCUCUGUGAAGUGUGCAGAAUAGUUUUGCGAUAUAUUGAUUAUCGCUGAAUCGCAGUUUUGAGAUCACCAAUAUCAUUAAUUUACCACAGCUGAAAGGUGCUGGAAAAAUUGGAAAAUGGGCCUUAAAAGUGCUUAAAAAGUGCUUGAAUUUUACCUUGUAAAAGGUGUAUGAACGCUGCAUUGUAUCGCAAGCAAAAACAAUAGAAAAUAUCACAAUAUCGAUAUUUGGGCCCACCCCUAGCAAUGACCAUAUUUCUCAAUGCAAAGUUUUGACUCAUGAUGAAGGGUGACUCCAAGCCCCAAGACUAGGCUUAAUCCUGACCUGUACAGUUUAUUGUGUUCAAUUUUGUCAAUGUCUUUUCUGUGUUUUUCUAGUAAAUUAAACAUGACUUUGAUCAUGA